AUGGCGCGAGCGGCGUGGCUCGCGGUGGCGGCGGCCCCGGUGGCUGCGGCCGUCCCGGUGGACGAAAGCAACGUCUUGGCGCUCUUCAAACAUGCACCGGGGCUCCGCUGCAAGACCCGGAUGUUCAGCGCGCCCUUUUUGCCGCCGGAGGAGAUGCCCAUGCUGCAGCGCAUGCAGCAGGCGGCGCACUGGUGCGCGCUGCACCCGGGAUGCUUCGGCGUGCAGCUCUAUGACGGCGGAGAGGAGGAUAUGGGCUACUGCAUGAAAUGGUGCGGCCGACCCCAGUGGUGCCUCUCACCCAUGCUGGAGAGUGACGGGGAAACACUGAAGGCGGAAGAGUUGGUGGAAGACAAGCUGUUCUUCCUGUUUGUGAAGCCUCCUCACGGCUCUUACACCAUGGCCGCACCACUGGCUGAGAGCAGUCCAGCUCGGUGCUCCUUCGCAGGCCACGUUGGCCCUUGCUUCGAGCCAAGUUCCUGUCGGAAGCACAACUUCCGCGCCCACGGCCGCGCCUUUGUCUUCACCGACGACCUGCGGCGCCCAGCGCUGUGGCUUUCGGAGGAGUCCUACAUGGUGCAGAUGCUGAAGUGGGCCACGCCAAAUUUGGUGGACGUCGUACUCAUCCUUCCGGAGCCGGAGGUCGCAAGCUACCCCAUCUCCGCGGAGCAGCGUUUGCAGCUUCAGGAGCUUGGUGUGGUGUUGCACGAGGUGCCUUGGGUGAGGCCAGCUCUGGGCAAAGGCAUCCCUCGCUGGGCGCAGGAGUUUUGGUGCGUGGAUCGUGACUUCUUCAAGCUACAUGUGCUGGGACUGGACUACGAUGCUGUCAUCUUCUUCGACAGCGACGUGUUCGUGGAGCCCCAGAAGUUCCAGGAGUUGGAUGCAGUCUUCGACUGCGCCUACCAGGGCUACUUCCUGGCCACGGCCCUGCACGGCGGCUUCGAGGCCCUGACCAUCGCCUUCUUUGCACUGCGCCCCCACGCGCCCUUGCUGCGCGCGGUGCAACGCUUCCUUCUGACCUCCAGCUUCGACGACGACUUGGGCUGGAACUUGAAUGGCUUCGGCCCUUGGGGCUGCCUCGAUGGCACAGACAGAUGGUGUUUCCACUGCUACCACGUGGGCGGCGAAUGUGGUCAAGGGCUCUUCUAUGACUUGUUCUAUAUGGCCGACCAGAUCUUUUGGUCUGCUUUGGAAGCAGAGCCUGGGGCGGUAAGGCCUUUAGGUGUGAUGCUGGAUGGCUGCAAGUGGCUCUAUGAGAACUCCCUUCGAGUUCGCGGCUUCCCCAUCGUGCCCAACCCGUGCGCAGAUCUGGCAGCUCAGGGCAGAUGUGGCGAAGUCAUUGCCUACCACAAGGCCAACCCUCGCACGGGAUUAGCGCGCGCACGCCAGGUCAUCGAGGGCCGCGGCUGCGCCUCAGAGCUCGGCGGCAAGCCGCUGAGGACGGGAGUGAGCUUGGGGGGCGUCCCAAAAUCGGAAUCGGUCGCCUAA